ACCGCGGCGCCGCCGACACCUUACUUCCUGCUUCGCUACCCAGGGCCAGACCCAUCGCGGCGGAGGGAUCCCGCCGCCGCCAGCAGCAGCCUCCUCCCCUUUCUGCUUCUGCUUUUUUUUUUUUUUUUUUUUUUUUCCUCCCUCUCUCUCUCUUUUCCCUCCCUCCCUCUUCUCUCUCUUUUGCAAGAAAAUAAUUUGACAGCGAUUUGCUGACACCGGGAUUUUUUGCAUCAGGACCGAGGGGAAGGCGAAGCGGCGAGCCCCCGCGGGAGCGCGGCGGCGGCGGCGGCGGCGGGGGAGGCCGAGACGGAGGAUGAGCGCCGUACUGUAAGUAAAGUAGGACCGAGCGAAGGCAGCUCUGUAAUAAAUCUAAUAAUAUUGCAAUUGCUCCAUCAACGCCAAAAAAAAAAAAAAAAGAAAGAAAAAGAAAAAUAAAUAAAUAAAUAAACUGCGCCCAGCCCCGCCAGGUCCCUGCUCCCGGCUCCUGCGUGCACUUGUUGCAGACUUAACGCCAGAUGGAAUUUUAUGACUUGUUGAAUUCUGAAUAGAGUGAGGAGAUGAAUCUGAUAAGAUACAUCAGUUUGAGAUCACAGAAUGAAAGCAGCAUGAAAUGUUAUGGCGAAGACAGCACAGCAAGAAACAGCAGUCUCACACGUACUCACAAAUCAGGUGCCUGGUGCACUGAACCUAUUAACUGUGCAAGAUUUGUGCUUUGGUCCUCUCUUGAAGAUGUGAAGCAACGUCGAGUCUGAAAUUGGAAUUACUGAUAGACUGGAGGAAAUCUUAGUCCUUGUGAUACACAUGGACAUGCUGAAUUAUAAGUAAUUCUAGCUUCUUUUCCUCUUCCCUCCCCUUCCCUUAUUCAGCUAUCUCAGGGUUCAUAGAGAUUUCAGUGGUUUGUGUGCCUGUAAGUUUGGAAGAAAAGUGACCAAAAAUGGGGGACCAGCAAUUGUAUAAAACCAAUCAUACUGCCAACAACAAUGAGAACUUGUACUACCAACAACAGCAGAUGAACUCCCUUCCAUCUCUAAAUCAUAGUUAUGGGACAUCUGUUAUGGAUGCUCCUCAAGCAUCUCCGCUCUCUCCCCAGUUUCCCCAAGAUUCAAGAGACAGUAUAGCUUUGCCUGUAGGUUCAAAAAGUCUUGGGUCAAUGGAUACAUCUAGACAAACAAGUUGGACGCAUUCUGUCUCAGGAAACCAUGUCCCAGUAAGGAACAAUUUGAAUAAUCAAAAUGCAAUGUGGAGCCCUCUCGGGCAGGGGGAGUCUCAUGAUGGAUACCAAUAUUCUUAUUCUCAAUCUGGUGAAAAUCGAUCACAAAAAAUUACCAGUGGGGUCCUGCAUAAAUUGGACUCCUUUACACAAGUAUUUGCUAACCAAAAUCUGAGAAUUCAAGUCAACAACAUGGCUCAGGUUUUGCACACGGAGUCUUCAAUGCUGGAUAAUUCUGGUGAUAGUGCACUUCGGCAGCUACUGUCUCAGAAGCCAGCAGUUGAGCAACAGCCUGUAACUUCCAGUAUACAAAGAUAUCAACCAGUGCCACAGCAAAUGCAUCAGAAUUUUGCAAGCACACAGCAAAAGCAACAAAUGCAAGUCAUGCAGCACCAACAUUUGUACUAUGACUACCAGCAGCAUUUAUCACAAAUGCAGAUGCAUUCUGCAUUUCAGCAAGGACAGCCACAUGUUCAACAAAUGCAGUCUCAGCAGCUCUUACCACAACAGAUGCAGCACUUGCAGCAGGCUCAGUACUAUGCUCAGCCGCAGCAGGGACAUCAACGGCUUUCAAUACAAGAGAUCCAACAGCAGCAGCAACAGCCAACUCGGCAACAGCAACAGAGGCAGUGUCCAAUGCAAAUAGCUCAGUAUUAUCAAACGCAACCUGUCAUGCAACAGUUACAGCAGCAGCAACAGCAGAUGCAAUUGCAGCUUCCUCCAUACCACAGGGAACCUGAUCCAAAGACUAUGCAUGAAUCACACCAGUACCCUCAGGAUCCAAGUCAUCCUGUGCAGCUUAUCCAGUUGGGAGCAGUGCCUCAGUAUUGCUACCAAGAUCCCCACGAACAGUAUAGGCAUUUGUACCCGCAGAGUUUACUGCAGCAGCAAGAGGAUCAGCAGAAGCAAUAUCCAAAUGAGAGCCGAGGUCAGACUCUGAACUCUCAUGUUGGCCUCACUCCACCAGAGACAGCAGAGGACCCCACACGGCAGGAGAUUAAUUCUGUAGGUAACACGGUUCCUCAUCGAACUCUUCUACCGCUGUCAGGAGUUCAUGUGAACAACAAAAGCUCUCAGCAAGACUCUCCCAGCACCAUGUGGCCUCAGCAGAUGCAACUAUCAGAUGGCAGAGUGCAGCCACUGUCUCCAGAACAAAGCGGUCAAAGCAGAGAAACAUUUCCUGAGAAAGCUGAUGCGAAGAACAAGCUAACAUGUUCAAUAUGCUUGAAGGAGUUUAAGAGUUUGCCUGCUCUAAAUGGUCACAUGAGGUCACAUGGAGGAGUAAGAGCAUCUCCUAACUUCAAGCAGGAUGAAGGAGAGAAACCACCACAGCAGCCGCUGCCUAAAGAGGUGGAUAGCCUCGCGCCCAUCGUCAUGCCAGUGUCUGUCCCUGUAAAGCUUCUGUCACCCGAGCCCAGCACGCAGCCCUCUGCCAACACUGCCACAGUCAAAGACAAGCCUGCCAACCCUGUGUCAGAUGAUGAGAUGCCAGUUCUCGUGAAGAUGACUUGCUCUCCACCGUGCAGUCCAAAAGUGGCCAACCCCUGCUCAUCUGCUUUUCUGGAGAGAAAGGGGGCAGUCUUUUCUGAAUCCUUGAGCUCUGAGUGGGAGAUCUUCGCCAGAGACAUCAGAGAAAUUAGCAAAAAACCUCAUCAAAGUGCUGCAAAAUUAGAAGAAAACUUCAAACCACUGCAGGACAAGAAGAAGUAUCGACAUAGACCCGAACCUCUCUUCAUACCUCCUCCUUCCUUCAACUUCAGUAUGUCCCACUCCGGUGCCACACUGUACCAGAGUCAGCUCCGCUCCCCCCGCGUCCUCGGAGACCACCUGCUAGACCGGACGCACGAGCUCCCCCCUUACACUCCGCCACCAAUGCUUAGUCCAGUUCGGCAAGGGUCUGGUCUCUUCAGCAGUGUUAUCACAUCAUCUCAUUGCACCUCUCAUACUCAGCUGCCACUUACUCCACUGACACCUACUCCACGGGUACUCCUGUGUCGGUCUAAUAGUAUUGAUGGAAGUGUCAUUCCAGUGACGCCUGGGCCCGGAGAACAGACUGUUGAACCACGAAUCAAUAUUGGGUCCAGGUUCCAGGCUGACAUUCCUGAGCUUCAGGACAGAUUGCUAAUGGAGAAAGAUGUGCACAAGGCUACUUUGGUUUGGAAACCAUGGCCAGAACUGGAGAAUAAAGUCUUCCAACAAAGAGUGGAAGACCUUUUAAAUUUGAGCUGUUCCAGUGUGUUACCUGGUGGAGGAACAAACUCAGAAUAUGCUUUGCACUCUCUCUUUGAGGCGAAAGGAGAUAUUAUGGUUACUCUUGAGAAGCUGCUGUUGAGGAAACCAGUGAGAUUGAAGUGUCAUCCUUUGGCAAAUUACCACUACGCUGGUUCUGACAAAUGGACACAUCAAGAGAGAAGGCUGUUCAAAGAAGCAUUGUCCACCUACAGCAAAGAUUUUAUAUUUGUACAAAAAAUGGUUAAGUCUAAGACAGUUGCACAAUGUGUGGAAUACUACUAUACUUGGAAAAAAAUCUUGCGUUUGGGACGGAAACACAGAACACGCUUAGAGAAAAAAAGAGAGGAGUGCCUGACAAGUGGAGAAGAGGAAGUUCUAGAGGAAGAUGAGGAGAUUGAAGAAGACAGAAAGGAAGAAAGAGAAAUGCAGAAAUCUCCUGACCCACCUGCUAUUCCUCUUGUUGGAUCUAUAGAUCUGCCUGCCCUUCAGAGUCUCACACUUUCUUCGUCCUCCUUUAUCUGUGAAAUGCCAAACUGUGGUGCUGUGUUCAGUUCCCGGCAAGCGCUAAAUGGCCACGCACGCAUCCAUGGAGGUACGAAUCAGGUGACAAAAACACGAUGCACCAUUCCAGGCACUAAGCAGAAAUCUGGUACGCAGAGCGGAUACUGCUCCAUCAAAAGUUCACCUGCCCACAGUACAACAAGUGGUGAAACUGACCCAACAACAAUUUUUCCUUGUAAGGAGUGUGGCAAGGUAUUUUUCAAAAUCAAAAGCCGCAAUGCUCAUAUGAAGACUCACAGACAACAAGAAGAACAGCAAAGGCAGAAGGCUCAGAAAGCUGCUGUGGCAGCAGAAAUGGCAGCCACUAUUGCAAGAACUACUGGGCCGGUGGGGCAUAGUGUGAUCCCUUUGGAUCAUAUGAGUUUGGUUAAACAUGUUGAAAAUGUAGGUGACAUUGAAAAUGACGUUGUUCAGGAAUUAGGUGAUGUCAUGGAAGAGAAUGAAGUCAUGGAUGCUGACCUUUUAUUAGAUGAUGAAGAUGCAGAUCUAUUGCAAGAUGAUGCUGAGCUGUAAAUAAGAGUUGUUCGAUAGACAGCUACUGAACACAACCUGAAUGCAUCAAUCAGGAAACUUGGACUGCUUGUUUAUUCCCCACUGAUUGUAAACUACCUGUUGAAAAUGAUAAUUCUUUUAUCCAGGUCUAGAAAAGAAAUCUGCUUUCUUUUUUUUUUUUCCUUUUUUAUUAAUUUGUGUUUUGGGGGAAAAUAAAUAAUUGGUACAAAUAUUCUUAUAAGGUGUUUUUAUCUGGGCUCAUUUUGCUGAGUACUUCUGAGGCCACUAAUUAGAGAAGUUUGUGGUUCUGCUGUCAUUCUCCUGCAGCCUUGCAUGGUAGGAUCUUUACUCUUUAACUCUACAAGUUUCAUUUUACCCCGUGUAGAAGAAUCAUCUUCACACACUUCUGGUGGAUUUUUUUUUGCCUACUCUGGAUCACUUCCAGCAUCUUACAGAGACUAAAUGUCGUUGCUAUUAAGGAGGUGAUUAAAUUCUUUUCCUUCAUGCUGCCGUUUUAAGGGAGGUGGAGAAAAAAAAAUCUGAUUUAACUGCCAAGUAAUUACAGGAGUGAUUAUAUCAUCCAUAAUAUCACAGUACUUUUUCAGUUCUGUCUUGCCUUAAUGCAUAUGUGUUAGGCAGUUUGUAAAGGCAUUGGUUAUACUGUAUACUUCAGAGCUUCCAUUUUUAGCAGGAUUUUUACCCACUGAUUCUAAAAUGACCUAAUUCAAGGAUUGAAGAAAGAAGAUGAUUGUGCCGUGGCUCUCAUCAUCUGAUGGGAACACUGAAUCAGGAACACUGCCUUGUUAAUCUGAUUGCACUGGAAAUAUAUUUUGCUGUGACAAUAAAUCAUACUCUUGAAUAGCCAUCUCAGUAGUUUUAGGAGGAUGUAUUCUUCAGCAGUUCAGGAGCUUAUUCUCUCACCAGGCAAAUACAGGGAGAUGUUUCUGCCUACGGGACAGAGAUUGGUGGAAUAUAUGCCUUCAGCAGCACGUUACUCCUAGGCAUGCAAUGUUAUUGUGCCAUUUUGUGUCUUCCUUUUCUCAUUAUGUUAAAUUCAAUUUUUAUUUAUUUAGUAAAAUAUACACCAAAGGUGAGAUGAUGUUACUGUUUAAUUACUGUUUCUUCCCCCUUAGGCUCCGAUCUACAUGCUGUGGUGCUGUGGGUGUCUAAUUCCAUUUAUAUAAGUUUGGAUCUGGUUCUCUGUGUAAACUGAGUCUCAGAAGAAUUGGACCUUGCAGUCUUAAGCCACAGAAAGAAUUGGAGUUAGGUUGCGUGGACCAUUAAUGACAAAAUAAGAAAGUACAAAUUUUAGAGCUUUCACAGGUAAUGGCACUGAUUUUCUUGUAAAUCUUGCACAGUAGAAGAGUGUUGCUGAUUUUGUAAAAUGUUUUGUAAGAGUGAUUUCAGAUCUUCCAAUUUUCAAAUUUUUUUAAAUAAGUUGAGCUUUUGUCUGCCUUCCUAACAUCUUAAGCAGAAUCUGAGAGAUGGUGUGGAUCUUAUUUUCUACUUCCUGUCUUUCUCGUAUGACUAUGCAAAAUGAGGGUAAACCACAGCACUUCUAUUUAGACGUAUAUGACCACAAGUUCAAAACCAGUGGCAGAGAUGUGAUCUCCCUGUCAGAGCCAAAUACGUGAAGCCAAAUGACCUGAUGUUUCUGCUCCAGGUCAAAUGUUCUGAUAUUUAAGAACAGCCCUUCAGGAGAAUGGGAAUCACUUCUCAGUUUCAGGUUAGUGAGGUUCCCAUGUCUGAUUUAUUUUGAUAUUUCGGGGUUAU